ACUAAAGGACUAGGCUGUAGCAAGCAUUUCCAAGAAAACGAGACACCCACGACAUCUUUAAUAUCCACCAGGAAACUCAGUUUGCUGUCUGGAUUCAAGAUAUCCUCAGCAACAUGAGUUCAAACAACCAGCAACGAUCUGGUGGACAUGGUAAAACCACUCUUGAGAAGCAUGGAAAUGACCCACCUGAUGUCACUUUAGAAGAAAUAGCUGAGGAUUUGCUUUCUUACAUUGGAGGGUCUCCUCACCUAAAGAAAACAGAGAAACAGAUUGAAAGGAAAUACAGCAUUGAAAAGGAGGAUGGUGAUCACUGGUCAGCAGAUGACAUCAAAAAAGCUUGGGGGAAAACACAAAGGAUGAAAAAAACUGCUUUAAAAAGAAAACAAUGGGCUCUUGCGCUAUUGUUACAGCUAAUAAGUCGAAAGACGAUCAAAACAACGACACAGUGUGAUGAUAACAACACUGGAAAUGUAUCCCAGUUGAUUGUGGGAAACACACGCGACCAAACGAAAGCUGAAGGAGAGGCUGUAAGAGACAAAGCAUCAGCAUCAAAACUUCCAAGCUCCAAUGAAAAAGAACACAAAGCACAGAAAGAAGAAGGCUCAAGAAAACAAACCGUCUACAUACGCAUCCCACUCUCGGACAUGUUAAGCAACGAGUCAACCUCUGGAGGGAAAGAUGAGGGAAAAGGAAAAACAGGAAACGAACCAACAUAUAAAUUAAUUGACAGAUAUCCUAAACUUCCUCACAUACAGAAAAAAAAGUCUUACAUUAUAUUAUACAACCCUGAAACCAGGAAUGCUAUGUGCACAUAUGAGAUAUUAAACAGAGAUACAUUAAAAAAACGCAUAAACUCAUCAGAUGAAAAAAAAGAAAAAGAAAUCGAUGAACCUAAGAUUAAACAAAAACAAAAUACUGACAGCAAGCAAGAGAUUCAAGGAGAUUUGAACAAAAUGACUCGAGGUCAUCUCGCUAAAGCUGCCAAUCACAGGUGGUGUCGGGAAGCCUAUCAGGAUGCCAACAUUAAAAACAACAUGGCACCACAGCAUUUUGCCCUAAACAAUGGCAUCUGGCAAGAGCUUGAAAAUUACUGUCAAAAGAAAAUACAGAAGGACACAGAAAAUAAGACCCGCAAUCUCCAUGUGUACAGCGGACCACUUUAUAUUUAUAAGGAAACAAAAUUAAGGUCCGAAAAACCAAAGAUUUGGCAAGACAAAGAAGUGCCAACUCACUUCUUUAAGGUGAUAAUAGAGGAAUAUGAUGAUGGGAGAGUAAACAUGGAGUGCUAUAAGAUGCCAAACGAAAAUCCAAACCAGAAAACAUUUCAAGACUACAACGUGGAAAUUGAAGAAAUUGAGAAGGACUCUGGGCUGAAGUUCACAGGAAACGGCUGUCCUGAAGGAGAGAUAGACAGUACAAGAACUGUGAAAUUGGAGGGUAAAGAUGCAGAUGGAAAACCGUGUUCUGCUAAGAUAACAGUAAGAAUAAGCACACCACUUGCUGAUCAUAAUCAAUUUGCCUACAUCUGAACAUGUACAGUUCUUUACUGCAUUACCCGUGAUAAUAAAACACAGUGAGUGUUUUUUUUUACUCUUAUUCGACUAUAAUAACGAAUCAAAUAAUGAUUGUGUUUGUGUUUUAUUAAGCAGCUAGUACUUGCACAUUUACAUCAUAUAUAGAUCUUUACUUUAACUUAGUUUUGAGUAGCUAAUUCUAUAAGGAGGUUGAAAUAUCAACACUUUAUAGAAGGAAAGUGAAACUCUGUAAAAAAUCUUGCAUGCAGCAUGGUUUCCGCUACAUUUAUUCGUCCAUGGCGGGGCGCCAUGCCAAAAUUGAUCCCACCAUGGCUACAUUACAGCUUUUAUUCAAAACAUUCCAUUGUUUUUCUUUUUAAUAGCGGGUGAUAAUCGCACCAAAACGUAUUAAAAGGUAAGCGAAUUAUAACAGCGCAAACUUUUCUGUAACCGUAGUAGUGCUGUGUGUUAUUUGUUUAACUCUUUAAUGGCUCGUUUCCACUGACUGGUACGGUAUGGUUCGGUUUGGUAACAGGGGUACCCUUUUGGUGGGCGUGGUGUAUGACAGAAAGUUUCAGUCGACGUCAUUCUAGCUCGAGGAAAUAUCUACAAUAAAGCUGUACAGGUCGCAUACAUAUCACAUGAGAAGCACUUCUCACAACACAGAUGCUAUACACACAUAAAUACUUGUGUAGAAAUGUUUAUCACUAACCUUUCAAUGAACAUGAGUUGAUUAUAACUGCAGAUCAAUGACAGUGUGAAAUAACCUACUGUAACGUCUGUAAUUAUAUAAAAUAACUAAAUAAAUGAACAUAUAUAAACACAUACAGACUCUUACAGUCUCUGAUAUGUUACCAACUACAGAAGAACUACACACAGCAGACAUUUCACCCGUAUUUAGGUUCAAAACAACACAAAAUAUAGCCCACAGUCAGUGAAAACCUCUCAUCUGUGUCUGUAAUCUUCAGCAGCACAUGUAGCCUCUGUUAGACAGUAAUUCCAUCAUUCCCGGUUCAUAUUAGUCCAAAAGGUGAAGAUAAUAAGUUAGUUAUACAUGGCAUUUUGUUCAUGUUUGCUGAAUAAUAAUGUGCUCCUUUUUUCCAGCUUCUCCUUUGUUUCUUCGCGCUUCACUCUCGUGUUUGUCAGUGUCUGACAGGAUCGGGUUUCAAAAGCACGUCAAUAAUCAAGCGCAGGUUAUUAUCAUCAGCUCAAGAAGUUUGUUAUUUCAGAUAUAAUGUUAGAUGCGCGCUAGCAAGAAAGCGAAACCGCUCGCGCCUCAGACUGGCUCGUAAAAAACUACGGGGCACAGGGUAAAUCUGCUCUUCUUCUUGGAUUUGUGGCUGUUCAUCAAGAUGACGACAAGGUUUGUUUGAGCCCAGAUCGACCAUGGCUCGUUAUUAUAUUUAUAAAUAAUUCCGCUAUAAUCUCUCGCUGUGUAUUUCAAACAUGGCAGUUUUUUUGUUUUCAUUCUGGUUUGUUGCGUAAGUGAAUGACGUAUCUCUGUAAACCAAUAGCGUUCAGCUGCGCGUGUGGCUCCGCCUUUUGGUACCCUUUCUCGUGUUUGGUACCCUUUCGAAAGGGUGCCGAAAAAGUGGUACGGUACGGUUCGGUACGCUUUUUGACAGUGGAAACGGCCAUAAAAGCGUACCAAACCAAACCGAACCGUACCACUCAGUGGAAACGGGCCUUAAGGUGACGUGCUGACUGACAGGUGCGUGAUGCGUGAGGCCAGCAAACACGACGUAUAGCCGUUUCACUUUACUUCAGGACGCAUUAAUACCGCUCUGUAGGUUUAUUGGAGACAUUCAUAAAUAUUCCUAUCAAAUCUAAUAAUGCUGGAGACAUACUCGUAACAUAAACGCGCUAAAUCGCACUUCAGCAGCGUUUAUUUGAGAGCGCACAAGAAGAUCUGCGCUUGAGCAGCGUACAUUUGAGGAGGCGUGCAAGAAGUUUUGUGCACGAGCUGAGGAAAUCGGCGGGCAAGCAAAGAGAUUCACAUGCUCGUAGACUAUUACGUAAAUGCUGCGCGAUCUCGACUUGUAAUACUGCGCUCACAACAUGCCAUUGAAAAAAACACCACAGAUAGUUGGUGAAUUGUGUAAAAAAGGCCUGCCGCCACAGCUAGAAAAAUCCUAGAGGAAACACUGAUGCAGUCUACUUGUAACAAUAUUAUACCAGCAAAUUCCCCAUUAGCCUUGAUUAUACCUACAGCUCUCGCUCUACCUCUCGCUGGUGAACUAGUGGUCCAACUCAGCGCAUUUGAAAAUUUGUUGUGAUGUUGUAGACAUUACUUGCCAUUGAAAGCUUAAUAAAACAUCUGAUUUUCUGUGUGUGGAGAAAGUACUUAAGUAUGAGUUUGUACACUGUAAACAAAAAUCUGUUAAUAAACAGCUUCUGUAUUUUGUGUUCUGUUUAUUUGCGGUUGUGAAUUGCAUUAUGGGACGUUGAUCUCCUCUCUGUUCAAUUUUUGAAGUUGAAAAUUCAACUCUACAGUUUAACAAAGUGACUUUUAGUGACAUUUUAUUCAUUUGAAAUAACAUAGAUAUUAAGAGAUAAUAUCUAGAGCAGUGGUUCUCAAAAUUUUUUCAUCAAGUACUGCUUCAGAAAAAAAGGUCUCUCCAAGUACCACCCAUAAUGAGCAGCAUUGAAAUAAAGUAGCAUAGUAGGCUUUUAAAGCAGCUACAGAUCUGCACAGUUCAAAAACGUGGCAGAUUAAUUCCUUUGAUUAAGAAUAUUAUUGUCAGCCACUUUAAACAUUAUAAAUAGUCUGAACAUUAACACUGCUGUGCUUAUAUGUAAAAACAAACAAACCAAAAAAACUAAAAACGUCAACUUUUAAAUUAAAAUGUGCUUUUAAAACUUAAAAAUGAUAGGUUACUGUUCUUAAGAGGUUAAAAAAAACUCCUGGACUUAAGUAUUAACAUAUAGUAGCCUGUUCAUCAACACCUGGAAAUGUUGCCUGGACCUCAUAAAUACAGGCUUUAUGUCAUCAUAUUCAUAUAUAAAUAAUUUUUGAGAAAUUUUGAAAUAUAUGUAGCAUGUACAUAUUGAUUCCUUCGCAUACCACUAGAAGGAAGCUGGCAUACCAAUAGUGGUACAUGUACCAAAGUUUGAGAACCACUGAUCUAGAGAAGUCUGUAAAUUAACAGAAAAUGUACUGGCAGUUAAUUACAAGAAGUUUGUAGCGUAAUAUACAACUCCAACCCAGACAAUAUAUCACAGCAAACUACUACACAUGCUCAUAAAACACACUUUUUACAACUUUUCAAGGUUAAAAGAUGUUGGAAGAAAGAUCAAGAUCCCAUAAUGCAAUUCAAAAGCAUAAAUAAUAAAAGAAAUCUAAUAAAACACGAAUCACACAAUAUGGAAAACUCAAUUUACGGAUACUUCUUACAGUGCACCACAGAUGCAUUCUAGACCGCAUGUUACGUGUAAAUAUAUAAAUGAAUUUCCUGUGUUUCUAUAUUGGAUCAGUCUGAUCUCUGAAAAGUAGAAAACUCUGCUUUAAAUGUGUAUUAAAACUAGCAAAAUACAUGUAUUUUAAAGCAAAAUAAAGAUUAUUUAUC